UAAUUGACAAAACAAUGGCGAUCACAAGAAAGAAAAUGGCUCGACUUGUUCCAAUGGCAACAACCUUGGAUGAAUCACUAAUUGAGAGGGAACGAGACCGAAAACUUGCUGCCACCUCAAUUCGAAUCACGCAAGUGGGUGUAGAAAAGGGUGUUUUAAGCUCAAGAUUACAUUCGUACUAGUACGUAUAGGGGGAAUCAGUCCAAAGGUUGGAGACUGACUUGAGCUUAAGGUGGUGCUUAAAGCUGGAUGGGUGGGGUGAUCUAGAAGGUUAAAGUGUAUUUCAUCUUCAUUUCCGUCAAGACUCAAGACUUUUCAUUUCCUUAAUGGACUGGACCGACAAGUGAGUCCAGAAAUAUGGAGAAGGUGGUCUUCCUGAGUCUUCUGUUGUUGUGCGGGGACAUUGAGAGCAAUCCUGGACCUCCCCGGCGAUCCGUCCAAGGCAAGACACCCUCCACGGAGCAAAAGAUCGAAUCCUUGUCCAACACCCUCGCCGAGUAUGAGGCCAAGAUCACCGGCCUUGAGAGCGAGCUUGACACUCAGAAGAAAAGUUAUGACGAGAAGCUUCAGAGUAUGGAAGGUCAGUUGGAGACCAUUUCCAAAGACAUCUCAGAAAUGAAGGAAUCCAAAGGAGAGGGAGUCAACGAUCUCAAGGAGCUCAUAGACCAAAAACUCAAAGAGGCCGAACAAAAAGUGGAAGAGGUCCGUGAGGUGUUUGAGGAGUUUCAGAACGACUACAAUAACCAAAUGCAAGACACCGCGGACAAAUUCCAUAAGAUGGAUGAGACAGUCAAGGACUUCCAAAGCGUUAGUGAUGGCAGCAUUCAAGGUAUCCUUGAGGAAAGCCAACAAUUGAAGGAGAGUUUUAGUUCCAUUGACCAACGCAUCAAAGACAUCAAAAUCGAGUCUUCAGGCAAGCUUCAGGCCCUCGGAUCAACCACACGUGAUCAACGUAGGGAGUACAAGGCCAAAUUUGUGGAUCUGGAUGUGGAAUUCCAACGCAUGAAAGACCGAAUGGAGAUGCUCAAUAUGAUCUUGGACGACAUGAAUGAGAAGAUGUAUGAAUUUGAACAGAGCAAGAAGAACAACUUGAUCUUCUAUGGGGUCAGGAAUCGGGCCCACGAGAAUUCGGACAGUCUGAAACUGUACCUUGCCAACUUAUUGCGGGACCACCUCAACAUUCGGCGAGAGGUUCCAAUUCAGCGUGCCACAAGGAUACACACCGGACCCGAGGUCCGAGGUUGCCGCCCGUGCUUAGUCACUUUCGAGACAUUCAAAGACCGUGAAACGGUCUUGCGUCAGUCCAAGGCUCUGAAAAAGGCUAGCAUCGACGUGACCGAAGACCUGUCCAAGAGGACCCGCGAGAGCCGUCAAGAGCUCAGAAAGUUCAUGAGAAAGAUCAAGAGAGCCAAUCCUGAGAAGAAUUGUUUCCUGGAGUACGACAAGUUGUACAUUGAUCACAAGAUCUUCGUGUACAACGACGCCAUGGGUCAAGUGGUGGAACAGACCGAGUCCCAACGCUACGGGGACAUGAUGAGCCGGCCAGGCACUCAGAUGAUGAUGUUUGGCACCACCUUUGGUAGAGAAGGCACUGCCAUGGGACACUACGGAGGUCACGGGGGUCUGGAUGACCGUUAUUUGGGUCCGAGUCGACCACCUUCUGGAAUGAGCACCACUGGAGGACGGCAAAUGGAUCGGCCUUUAAAGUCAGCUUCAGCCAUUCCAAGGCUGCCUCCUUUGAACCGAAACUUGAGCCUCUCCACUGGUGCCAUGCAUCAACAAGGAGGAUUCAAAGAUGACAAGAUUGAUGAGAUGGAACGGAUGGUUGUGAGCUAUCAGGAGAAAUUGGACACCAUGGCCACGGAUUACCAGGAAAAGGUUAAUAUCCUAGAAAACAAACUGGCUGACAAGGAGAUUGAGAAGCCGCCCUUUCCGUUGAACGGAAAUCACCAUAACAAUGAUUUCAGUGACUAUGAAACCGAUAACGAAGACGACCCCCAAUCUCCAAGAUACCCCUUAGGUCCGGAUUCACCUUUGAAGAAUAUAGCUGCCAUUCCCGAAGAGGAUCGAUCGCCCACACCCAAUCAGUCACCGAGUCCCUUGAAGGAGUUGAAUGGAAGUGCGUUGCAUGUCACCAUAGCCGAAGAGCACAAUCAAUCCCCAUUGGUCACAAUCAACGGUGGUGACUAAAUCCCAAACUGACUGGACCCCUUCCUGCUUUUCCUCAUUUGCUUCCAAGUAGAUUCCAUUUGUUCCACUGUAUUUUGUUUCAAAAAUUGUAGAGAUUGACGAAAUACAUUAGACUCAGGCACAAAGCUGA